AUACAUUCUACAUUGAAUGGUUGAAAUGUAAGAGUAAUAUAAGGAUGAAAAUAAUAAUAAUAAAGUGUCUAUAUUUAUACGAAACACUAAAAGAGUAGGGAUUAAAAGAGAGGUGGAAUGAGAAUUUUAAUAAUAGUAACCAGUGAAUUUUGCAUUACAGUCUCAAGCUUCAAUGAACGUGUUCAUGGGACAGCGUUGUUUUCUCGCGACAAUUCUCCAACAAGGAGUUACUCCAACAAUUAAAUAAAAGAAAAAAACGCCGUAGUCAGCUUACCAAAAUAGGAAAUAACAAUUGUUUAAUAGUUAAAAAAUAAGAAGAAGAUAAAACUCCUGACGAUUAAAAUCAUCGGUGAAAAUGGGGAAAAUUAAUAAAUGUAAAUAAUUUUAGUGAUCUAAUGGUAUUUAUAUCAGAGCACACACAUGACAAGACAUCAAUCAUGGAAACUCGUAUCCGUAGCAAUCGGUUACGGGGUGUGAUUGGAAUCUGUGUUCUACUUGCUCUUACUGGUAUUGUGUAUCUUGGUUAUUUCUGUCCGGACCAUGUGUGUGCGUUGACCAAUCGUGAUAUCAAGGAAUCAACGCGAUUGUCUGAAGGGUUCAGUACAGGUACUGGACUAAGUUCUUUAGUUUCAUCUUCACCAGUGGAACCGUUUAAAAAUUCAUUGUUAAUUCAUCCAUCAUUUAAAUUUCAAAAUAUUCAUAGUAGUCUCGGGUAUGACGAUAUUCUUAAUAAUGAUACAUUUCAAUUUGAUAUCAAUGCUCAUGAUGUUAUUGUCUUUCUCCAUAUACAAAAAACAGGAGGAACAUUGUUUGGAAAACAUUUGGUCCGGGAUUUAGAUCUUCAGCGACCAUGCUCGUGUCAGAGACGAAAAAAACGCUGCUUUUGUUUUCGGCCAAACCGUGAUGAGAACUGGUUAUUCUCGCGUUAUUCAACAGGCUGGAAAUGCGGUUUACAUGCUGAUUGGACGGAACUAACAAAUUGUGUUGAUUAUGAGUUAAAUAAAAUAGAGGGUGAAGGUAUUAAGCGCAGAUACUUUUAUAUAACUAUUAUCCGUGAUCCUGUUGCGAGAUAUCUUUCCGAAUUUCGACAUGUUCAGAGAGGUGCUACAUGGCGUGGGGCAAGGCACUGGUGUGGCGGCAAUGUCGCUAAUAUACCACAGUGCUAUUCUGGCCCAACUUGGCAAGGAGUUACGCUGGAACAAUUUAUGAAUUGUUCAACAAACUUGGGAAAUAAUCGUCAAACGCGAAUGCUCGCAGAUUUAUCACUCGUUGGUUGUUAUAAUUCAUCACUAUCAAAUGCAGAAAAAGAUAAUCUCAUGUUGGAAAGCGCUAAGCGUAAUUUACACUUCAUGCCAUUUUUUAUGCUGACAGAGUUUCAAAAAGUCGGACAGUAUUCAUUCGAGGAAACUUUUGGUAUGCGAUUUGCCGUAGCAUUUGAACAACAUAAUGCAACGCUGAGCGCUGCAACAAUGGCAACAUUAACACCAAAACAAAAAGAAAAAAUAAGAAAGCUCAAUAAUCUUGAUAUACAACUUUAUGAAUAUGCCAAAGAUCUUGUGUUUGAACGAUUCAGACGAUUAAGAGAUCGCGACCCAUACUUCAUCCAGCGAUUUCAACAUCUUGGUGAGUUGCCAUCGCGUCAAAGUGCAACUGAAUUUAAUUGGGAUUCAGUUAUUGAAGAUACUACUGAUAACGAUUGAAUUAUUUUAAAAUAAUGCUUGUUAUAUUUAAAAUGAACUAAUUUAAAUAUUAAAAGUGCAGAAUUCUCAGAUAUCUCAGGGAACUGCUCCCGUUACUUUAUAGCGUGAUAGGAUUUUUACUCGUGUCAUUUACCAGAAGUUCCAUCGUUUUAACCAAAGAGAAUCCGCGAUAAUUAGUUACUCGUGAUUUGUAAUAAAUUUAUCGGUUUACUGACUCAUUAGUUAACAUUUAGAUCGAUAUAGGACUCUACAUUGAAUUUAUACAUUCAUUUAUAGAUAUACUUCAAACUAUUUGACGUAAAAAAAUUUUUGAUAAUUUAUUACUCCACAAUGUUAAUACAGAUAGUGAUAUGGAAAAAUCUAUAUUUUGAAGUAUAAAUAUAUACUUAAGAAAGAUCUUACGAGAAAAUAAUUUUUGAUAGAAUUAUUCUCUCGACUAAUUGUAUAAAAAAAACUACUCAGUAAUAUUUCUAAUAAGAGAGUUCCGUGUGAAAAAAAAAAUUGACAAUAGAUUUUUUUAAGUUGAAUAAACUAAGGCUGCUAUAUAUAUAAGAGCAAAUAAAUUUAGCGUAGAGUUUUAUAUCUGCGAUAAAAUUCAUAAGCCGAAUCCAUUAUGAAAAAAAUUAAAGCCAUAAAAGAAUAUUUCUUAAAGUCAGUUUUUUAUUUCGCGUAAAAACUGAUUCUAAACUAAGAAACCAAAACAAUUAUUAUAGAAAAAAGACUUCGCUUAUUUUUGGCUCUAAAAAUUUUUUUGUGGCUUUAGAGAUUUGAUUUUUUUUAUUAACUUAAAAGCUUUUAGCUUCUCUGUUUUUAACGUUUUAUCAAAGGUUUCUUUAAUUAAUUUUCUGAAAUCGGAUUAGAAAAAUCCUCUAAACCUCAAAGAAAUUUAUUUUAUAAGCCAAAAUAAAGUUUCACUUCUGCAAAAAUAUCAUUAAAAAUUUGUUCAUUUGUAACAAAUGAGACUUAUCGUCAAUUUAUAAACUUUUAUUAAUUAUUUUAGAAACAAUUUUAUCAAAAUUUAUUGGCUGUAUACGCAUAUAUUAACCUACAUAUCUGUGUUUUUAAGUACAUAAAUAUCAUAAAUAGUAAUAUUUUUCUUCUGCCAUUUCUACGAAUUGCAUCAAAGAAAAUUAAUUAGUUAAUUAAGUACAUUAUUAUUUAAUGUACAUCUUUUCUAGCCUCGUUUUUUGAGGUUCAUAGAAAAAAUGAAAGCUCAAAGCAUAUUUUAUUUAGAUAUUUUAAAUUUACGAUAUGAUAACAUAACAAUUAUAUAUAUAUAUAAAAAAAAAAAAAACGUUCGACCUUGCAGGCCAGUUUUUAAGCUCUAAUUUUUUUUUAUUGAUUAUUGAAAAAAUAUGAUAAAGAAAUACUCAUAAUUUUUAGUCUUCUUUUAAAUAUUGUUCUUGACAAUAAAUCAUACAGUCCCAUACAACGAAUUUUUUAAAUAAAACAUUAAAAUAAACUAUUGUACUUUUACUAGAUUAUUACUGGUACUCACGGAAUUUUUACAUAUAUACAGCAAAUCAAGCGCGAGCAUAACAUACUUAUUAUCUUCAUCUUAAAAAAUGAUAGAUCGUGUUUGGUCGAAAAUAAUAUUUAGUUCGACUAAAUAUGGUUAUUUUUCAUACUAUUUAUUUUUAAUUAUCUAUUCUUGAUUAAACGACAAAUCAGCAUAAGGAUAAAAAUUAUUUGAAGAACAAACUAAUCUACUUGUAUAAAACUACUUUGUCAAGAAUAAUUUUUAUUAUAAAUUGAUACAAAUGAUUCUCAGAAAAUGUACAAUUACUUCUACAAUAACAUGAGAAAAAAAUUUAUCCAAUGUGAAAGCUCAUCAAAAAAUUUGAGUCUGGUCUGCUAGUUCAUCGUUUUUCUUAUUCUUUCAUUUAUUAAUAUAAUUUUUAUUAAACUAAAAUAUUAAAAUACAUAUCUUUUUUUCAUGACUUUUGAUAAUUUAAAAAAUGAAAUCAUACAUAUAUAAAUUGAUGAUUAAUUUUUGUAGUCAUAUGUAAUUAUUUAAUUAUCAAAAUUAUUUAAAAAAAUCAUUUUAACCAGAUAAGACAUUAGCGUUAGAAUAUUACUGCCAUUUUUUUGAAAAUUUAUAGAUUACGAUAAAUUAAGUAUUUAGUUAGCAUUGAUCACGAUAACAACAUAAUAAAUCUAGUAAAAAUUAUUAACUACAUCAUAGAAGUAGUAUUACUACCAAUAAUUAUUAAUUUAUAAUGUUAAAAUAAUAAUGAACAAAUCUUGAUUAAUAAAUUAAUGACUCAUGUUACUAUUUAAUUGCGCAAACAAAAAAAUAUAAAUACGCGAAUUGUUUAUAAUUUUAUUUGAAGAUCUGACAUUAGUAUUCAUGAUUAGUAUCCACACCGGAAGUUAGGAAGAAUACAGACUAUCUUAGCGUUAAUAUUAAUUAGUCUUCUUUCUUUUUCUCUUAUUCUUCAUUACGAUAAGUGAAAAAUGUUAAUUAAAA